UGCUGCUGACGUCACAGUCACCUUGGGGAGCUUUGUGACCACACACAUCCCGGCCCCCAGCCUGGACUCCCUUUUAGAAGCUGAGGGACGGUGCCCCCCGCACCACCUUACCUCUGUGCGCCUCGCCUCUGCUGCUCGGCCAGCUCUCCACCCUGGCCUGGAGGCCCACGCAUAGGCAGGGUGAUGCCUACAGUCUGGGCGAGCCCAGGAAUCCCUGAGGACAAGCCCUGGGCCACCAAGUCAUGCAGUACAGCCAGUCCCUGACUUACAGUCUGUCAACUUAGGAUUUUUCGACCUUCGGAUGGUGCGAAAGCAACACACAUUCAGUAGAAACAGUACUUGGAAGUUUGAAUUUAUCUCGAGCUAGCGCUGAGCGAGUGGUAUGAUGCUCUCUCGUGAGGCUGGGCAGCAGCUGCGGCCCUCGGUCGGCCCCGCCUUCAUGAGGGUGCCCAGCCCUUCCGCCGACAACCAUUGUGCGUGUCACUUUCGGUACAUAUUCAGUACAUUACAUAAGAUACUCUGCGUUCUAUGUCAUCUUGCAUAAGAUGGUUCUGCCCAGCUGUAGGUGAGUAUAAGUGUUCAGAACACGUGUAAGGUAGGCCAGGUUAAAUGCAUUUUCAACUUAACGGUGGAUUUAUCAGGAUGUAACCCCGUUGUAAGUCGAGGAAGAUCUGGACCACAGACUCUGUCUUUUUAGAAGAGUAAACUGCUGGGGAAUGAUAGCAUAUCGAGAGUUUUUGCCCCCUCCCUGUGUCUCGCUGACCCUUUCCGUUUGUCACCACUCCGUCCUUUGUUCUUCCCCAGCGGAUAAAGAACAAAGUCUUUGUGGUCACCAUGAAACCCGGGCCCUGUGGGGCUGACCGUCAGCACAAAGUGACGGACCACGCCACCACUGCCCUGCUCCACUAUCAGCUGCCCCAGAUGCCUGACGUCGUGGUCAGAUCCUUCAUGACCUGGUUAAGAAGUUACAUAAAGCUGUUCCAGGCCCCGUGCCAGCGCUGUGGGAAGUUUCUACAAGAUGGCCUUCCCCCGACGUGGAGGGAUUUCCGAACCCUCGAAGCCUUCCACGACACCUGCCGUCAGUGACCCAGCCCCAGCCCCAGCCCGGCCUGUGGGCCCCGUCCAGCACCUUCCCAGACAAGCCCUCAGUCGGAUGGCUCAGACCUAUCCUCCCCCCUCAGACACAAUACCGCCACUCGGCCCGUUCCUAAAGCAUAUCGUAUGUUAAGGCUGAGCCUCUUGCAGAGCAGAUUCCAUCUUGUGUUGAUGGGACUAAUUCUACACUGUAACUGGUUUAUGGAAGGCAGAGAAGACCUUUUUAGAACUCAGAAAGUUAAGCAGCAUGUUCUUCUUUGUAUGUUAGCAACACUGGUGAAUUGAUCCUCCUGGGUCUGUGUUCUAAGUCAUUUUCACAAGCCAUUAUCGUUUGAAUGAGCCCAUGUUCAUAUAUAUUGUCACGCUGGGUGUUUUGUUUCGUUUUGUAACUUAUAUAUAUUUUUUUUUAAUAAGCAGUAAACCUUUUGUACCCCGGA